UCGGGCGCUUUUUUCUUGUCGCUGUUCGCUGUCUUUGGAGAGCUUCGUUUGUUGGGAUCUUCCGUGGUAAAUUUCAAGCACUUCAAGGAGCAAAAGAAGGCGCUGACACGAAGGGACUGGGUUUGACUCUGUGCAAACAAGCGGUCCUAGUCAUCUCAAGUGGUCCCAUGUCUCCUUCGUGACCGUCCAUGCCUACUUGCGAACCUGAUCACAGCCAGCAAUUCUAAUGGAACCCAUCCAGUCCCUAAGUGUUGGAGGAGGAGCUGCACUUUUGGGAGAGACCAGCUGCCCAUUCAAAGCCACUGAAGACAUCUGGUUCGGGUGCUGUUCCUGCGCCUAUGUCAGCAGGGAUCGGCAUGGAAUUGUGAGCCACCUGGUUGCCCAUGGUGAUGAACUAUACAAGUACCAGCACCCUUCCAUAUCACCUACCUCUAGAUCCCGAUUGCUUAGUAACACUCAAAAGCAGAAAAGUGAUAGGUUAUUCAAGUGCAAGUUGUGCCCCCAAGCCUUUUGUCAGAAUGGCGAUCUGAUCUGCCAUAAUCAAGCACACACUAGUGAAAAGCCAUUUAAGUGCAAGGUGUGCCCCCAAGCCUUUUCUCGGAAUGGUGAUUUGAUCUGCCAUAUUCGAACACACACUGAUGAAAAACUAUUUAAGUGUGAGCUAUGCCCCCAAGCCUUUUCUGUGAAAAUCAGUCUGAUGCGCCAUAAUCGAACACACUCAGGUGAAAAGCCAUUUCAGUGCAAGCUAUGCGUCAAAGCCUUUUCUCAGAAUUCUCAUCUAACAAGGCAUAAUCUCACACACACUGGUGAAAAGCCAUUUAAGUGCAGCCUCUGCCCCCGAGCCUUUUCUCAGAAUAGCGAUCUCAUUUGCCACACUCAAACGCACACGGGUGAAAAGCCAUUUAAGUGCAAGCUGUGCCCCCGAGUAUUUUCUCGGAAGGGCGAUCUGAUCUGCCAUAUUCGAACACACACUGGUGAAAAGCCAUUUAAGUGCAAGCUGUGCCCCCAAGCCUUUUCUCAAAAUGGUGCUCUGAUCCGCCAUAAUCUAACACACUCAGGGGAAAAGCCAUUUAAGUGUAAUCUGUGCCCCCAAGCCUUUUCUGUGAAAAUCAGUCUGAUACGCCAUAGUCGAGCACACUCGGGUGAAAAGCCAUUUAAAUGCAAGCUAUGCCUCCAAGCCUUUUCUCAGAAUUCUCAACUAACACGGCAUAAUUUCACACACACUGGUGAAAAGCCAUUUAAGUGCAGCCUCUGCCCCCAAGCCUUUUCUCAGAAUAGUGAUCUCAUUCGCCAUAAUCAAACACACUCAGGUGAAAAGCCAUUUAGGUGCAAGCUAUGUCUCCAAGCCUUUUCUCGGAAUUCCAAUCUCAUCUGCCAUAAUCAAACACACUCGGGUGAAAAGCCAUUUAACUGCUAGCUGUAUACCCAAGCCUUUGCUCAAAGUAGUAAUCUGAUCAAAUACAAUCACACACGGGUCAGAAUCCAUAGAAAUGAAAGCUUAGACUUUGAGCCUUCGCUCAGAAUUCUCAUUUUGGAAGCCAUAAUCAAAUGCUCUGGUGGAAAGCCAUUUAAGUGCAAGUUUUGUGCUAAGCCUUUUCUGAGAAUUGUGAUCUGCUCAUAUACAAUCUUCACGCAGGUGAAAAGCCAUACAAGUGUAAUCUGUGUUCCCAAGCCUUGGCUCAUUUUGAUCUGAUCCACCAUGAACACACGGCUGUGAAAACCUUAUAGUGCAGGCUGUGUGGAAUUGCAAUUUUAUGAACCACACCAAAACACUCUCAGGCAAAACAUAUACAAAUACAACCUUUGGUUCGAAUUCUCGACUGGCCAAAUUACACAUUUUGGUCCACAACAAUCAAGUGCACUUACAUUGAAAGGUUUAUGAAUCAGCUGCAAGUUUAGCCUUCCAUGCUUUGUAACACUGGAAUCAUUUCACUCAUGCAGAGAUAUGCACCAUUUCAGUUGAAAUAUUUAAAUGCAUGUCGUGCCCUAAAAUGAGAGGAAUGUAGUGCCUUACAAAUGACUGAAAUGUUCCUGUACAUGUUUAAUGCCUCUGCCUCGUGUGGCAUCUGCCAAAGCACUGGAUGACAAACCUGAUGGUGAUUGCAUUAAUCAGGUGGCAGGGAUUAGCUUUUGCACUGUCGACUUCUCAGAACGGUUAGUUGUAUACUACAUUGAUUGUGCAUGCAUAGCCAAACUCUUGCAUUGCUCACAAGCCUUUCAUCUGAAUGCUACUGUUUGUAAUCACACAAAUGUGUUGAGGAGUAGGGAGCAAUUCCUUGCCAGGAGUUAUCAAGAGGUUGGUUGGGGUAAUAACAAACCUUUAACUUUUUCAAUAGAUUGAAAUAGGUCAGUGUAGCUCAUUUCAGGUGUUGUUUAAUAUGUUUGUUUUUACUUUUGUCUAUAUAAAAGAUAGGCACUUGCAGAAAAUAAAUGUUUGACCAAAGUUUCGUUUGAUUAUCUAAAAAAAAUGUCUGUCAAUUUCAAUUUUCGUACUGGCUUUUUUCUGCUUUUGAAAACCUGGUACUCUAGUGUGGAGUGUGUUGAUGUGACUCAGUGUGCAAAAGAAGGGUGGGUCAGUCCAUGGAUCAGCUCGGAGGGACAAGGGAAGACGACACAGAAGAGAAGAGAUGGGGAGUGCGCGUGCACGGAGAGCAUGCGAAGGACUGGCCAGGAGAACGUGCUGGGUCGGAAAGGCACUAUCGGCCAGAGCAAUCGGCGGCUCGCUCCUGCGGUCUGACCUUGUCCCAGUGAGGGCAGCGCAUAGAAAUCUACACUGUUUUGUUUCCUACUGCGAGAGCACAUGGCACGGUGACUCUUGGGUCAUAUACGAAAGCCAACCGCUCCCGCUCCUGACUGCCAGCCACAACCGUGGCCCGAUAACAGCAGCUACAAAAACGAGACCCGCUGUUGCGCAUGGUUGUUCCAAGACAUGGUGACUGUUGCAUUCCCCUUUCAUUUCUUUAACUAAGUUUUCUUUUAGUAUAAGCAUCUGAACUCCUAAUUUCGUUUGUAAAUAGAUGUUUUAAGAAAAACUAAGGAUAUGUGUAUCUGGUCUAUGUUUAACCCUAAAGAACCUUGCUACAAUUAACUGGCGUUCACAUACUGGAAUACAGGCGUGCCGCAUCGUGAAGGCGCAGGGUACUGGCGGGCAACCGGUUGAAAUCGUCGGAUUAUGGCGACGUAGGUCAACGUCGGAUAUUUCGGGGCGGCCACUUUGACAGGAACUUUCAGUUGCAAUGUUCGCUAAACCUCACUGCGUGCGACUCCGGCGAAUGAAAGCGAGGCCGGGUGCUCAGCAAUGGGGAGAAGCCUUUGACGCCCCUCCCAGACAAUGUCCCGGAUGACUUGUCACAAGGUUCGUUCGUUCGUGUUAAAUUAAGAUGUUAAGAAAAUGAAAGGCGAGACCAAAUUGAAUUUCAGCAAUUUGUGAUCAUAGAAAAGAAGCUAAUCAUAGAACAUAAAAUACAAUAAAAAAAAAAGAAAUAUUUACAGCAGAAGCGACAGUGUUCAGUUUGGUUUCUUCCGGUGGAGGUGUUACUCUUUUAACCUUAGUCUUCGAGUUCCUGUGUGCCGGAGAGAGAAUGAAGUUUGGAGGCUCAUGGGGCAGUGUCGGGUGUCCUGGGUUGCUCGUACUACUUCAGUUCAAACGGAGCUCGAAUGGCUGGGCGGAUGUGUCGGCGACUUGGUCUUUCCCCGAACGGAGGUUUCUAUGGUCCGCUGCCUUGGAGACUUGAUCCGGCGGGUUCUUGGUUACCAGCGACUUGCAACCCAGUCCUUGUUCAGGCCGUUGACCCGAGCACCAUGGCCAGGCUGUCAAUCGCGGGACGCCUUUUUCGGAGGUCGAUGCGGGGCAGAGCAAAGUAGCAGAGUAGUAGUUUGACGUCUGCGACGUCCUGUCCGGGUUUGUCAAAAUAGAGCUAUUUGCAGAUAUUUUGUUACCUGGACAUCUUCACCUCUUCACUUCGCGUACUCCUCCGGAGUAUGUUCCCAGCUCAUUCCUCCGAAGUCAAUACAAUUGUCAUAGUUGGUAGAAAACGGCCUGUGCCAGUCGUUUGCAAAGCGACGUAGAUGGAAACAAAUCGCCGCUGCGUUUUAGAUGCAGGAGCGAGCCGACGUUAAAAAAGAUAUGUUUCAACUACGAGAGUGUCAGCAAGAGCCACGUAAAUGCUUGUGCACACUUGGAGCGGACGUACACGUUUGAUCGAAGGGCUUCAGGACCGAUCUUUCACGAGCACCGGUCGAUACUGACGUGACUCUCGGCAAAGAAAGGUGGGACUGGCAUUGCGUAGCUCUCACAAACUGUUAUAGCCCGACAGUAAUGCACAAUCGGAAGCAAUUGGGCGUGAACGCACCUCCGCGGUGACAAGCGUGUCAGAAUAAAAGUGGCCCACUAAUAACAAAGUGUACAAACCGUGUUGCAAAUGUAAUCCAUACGGCGUUUAUUUGAGCUCCAUAUCACAAAACAAGGAGAUAGAAUCGACGACAGCGUUCGUCACUGCUGCCUCGGAAAAGGAGAUGACAAGGGCAAGAGAAUGACCCCUUAAUUGAAAUUGAGGUGAGCGAUCGAACUAUAAUACAGAAAGGGUCCAAAAGGGCCGCGCGGGCACGUAUUUCAUUCAGCAAGCCAGCCGGUCGGUCGUGGGCAGACAGUCUCAGCCAAGGACCGUCGGAGCAACGCCGGCAACGCUGCGACGAGUCGGACUGCCUGCUAGGCUUCGAGCUCGCUCGGUCGGUGGCAUCGUUGCUAUUGUACCUUUUCCCGGGUGUUUGUGGAUCCAGCGUUCAUGUUCGUCGUGGCCGGUUUCGAAUACUUCCUUCUUUCUUCUUGCUGCUUGAAAUCGGGACCCGCGAGAAGAGCACAUAAAAAAAUAAAUGUCCGUUGGUCGACGUUGUAGGUCAUGUUGAUUUAAUCGUGGAAAGACAACUCCGGAGCUGUUGUCCCCCCACCCCAACACUAGACACAGCAACCUGCAACAAGCUCCGCAAAACAUAAAAAAAAAAAAAAAAAAAAAAAAUUAUGCGUUUUUGGCAGUGACGUCACGGGCGUCACUGCCCCGUGUCAACCUCCAAAAAAGGCGUCCCGUUGGUCGCUGGCUGUCCCACCUCGAAUCUUUUGUGCUAUUCCUUUUUGUGCCUCUUGCGCCGUCUUCCUUUUUUUUGUCCAAUUGACAUGAACCUCAUCACAUGGAAUGAUUUUCUAGCUUUUAAUUUUCUCUAGCAUGCCUCUCCAUUUUAGCAAUCAACUCAGCUGGGAACCGAUUUUUGAGUGUGUGUGUGUGUGCGCACUGCAGUGGUUCGUGCUCCCAAUUCGAACUUUGCUAUGCUCGGGGAUAACUUUUCUUGGCAAUGCAGUCAAAGGCACUGGCACUUAUGCCUUUUCCAAUUUUGAGCACUGAUGGAUCUUGCACGUGAGCUCUCUUCUCCGAAAGGCCAAGCUGUCCCCCUACUAUAGUCGUAUUCCCACACCAAGCACGUUUCAUAAUUGAUAGCGUGUAAAUUUUUUAUUCUCCAUAAUGCGUGUUCAACGCUGGCUUGAAGAGAGGUGUAUAGAACUGAACGGACUUGAACUCGCUCACAUUUGAAGUGUUCUUGCUUCCUUCCCUGCACUGGCAUCUUCAUAGUCAUGUAUUUAUAUGACACCUGCUUUGAGGUAUCGCUCUUGUGUUUGGGUGAUCUUAAUUUUCCGUUGCUAUGUAUUCUGGUUCUUGAUAGUUGUUUCCACUGAUCUCUAUGUCUGUUUGGAUCGCGUUUGCCCGCUCUGCAUAUGCGGCCACAAACGGCCAUCUUUUUGGUAGAGUUAUAUUACCUCUAACCAUGUAGAGCUGGUGCAGCCACUAUCAUCCAUCCAUGGCAGACUGUGUUGUGGCAGAAAUAGCUGUGGGUUAUAUUUCGUUCAUGAUUGAAAUUGUUUGACGAAACAUCUUGUUGAAACCUGGAGUGAACGGUAGCUUGAUUUUUGAGGACCCGGUGAAAGUUUCACGAAAUCGCAGCAUCGGGGAAUAAGCAGCACAGCAUGCAUCAAAAGUCUCAUAAAAAAAGCAUCGAAAACAGACGCCGUAACGGCGUCUGCUUCCGAUACGAGCUGUGCUUCUUUCCCCUGGUGCUGCGCUUUCGUAGAACUUUCGCCGGGUCCUCAAAGUAGAGGCUACCAUUCACGCCGGGUUUCAAGAAUCUGUUCUUCAAACAACUUCACUCGAGCACGAGAUAUCACCCACUGUACAGUGUACUAGAUCCACGGCUAUUUUAUGGCAGCCUGCUGCCAUAGCGCUGUCCGCCAUAUUACACUCUACCAAAAAGAUGGCCGACCGUGGCCGCAAUGCCGUCCAUAGGCGGAGCUGGUCAAACGCGAUCAGCAAAUAGACAUAGAGGGUCAGUAGUUGUUUCUGUGUAUCUGUAUGUGAGAAUUUUCGGACCGUAGUUUUCAAGUACUAACACAUCCAAUAUUUUGCUUGGCUUACUGCAUUCUGGGUAUUGUUGGUCAAUGUGUGCUCAGUAUUGCAUUGUGUAACGCAUUUGUAUAUAUCUUCAUUGUGGAUUUUUUCUUACUCUCGUUUGUCAAGAAUAAAUUCUGCAGAUAAAUGUGUCAUCAAAGUUCUGUAUUGGCGUUCCUCGCAAAUAAAGCUAGACAGUUUGAGCUUCCA